GAAGAAACAAGGUUGAUAAUGACUUCCAUGCAGGCCAGCAGCCUGCAGCAAUAAAAAAUUACUCAAUACUUGGCCAUGAUCCAUCAAAUUCAUUUUAUAUAUUUUAUUCACUUAAGCUUCCUUCCAUCCAACCCCACAUAUAAACAAACCCCGACCUCCCUCUUCUGUUAAGCAGUCAGACAGAUUAAUCAAGCCAUGUCUUCCAAGACUUACCUUCUGCUUGCCGCAGCUGCAGUAGCCCUCAUCUUCUCAGCUGAAGCCGCUGAUCCAGAUAUCACCUCCGACUUCAUUGUUCCUGCAGAAACCCCAGUAAAUGCUGAUUUCUUCACUUAUAGAGGGUUCGGAGAAGCCCUUUCGGGUGGACCAAAGGAAGGUUCCUUCAAGGCAACAAAGGCAAGCAAAGUGGAAUUUCCAGCCCUUGAUGGACAGAGUGUGUCUCUCACCGUGCUCCAAUUUGCGCCGAGGGGCCUGAAUCCACCGCACACCCACACUCGCUCUGCCGAGCUCUUGGUUGUUGUACAGGGAACACUCAGUGUGGGCUUGAUUGAUUCUAACAACACGCUCUAUUCUCAGUUUUUAUUCAAAGGUGAUUCUUUUGUUUUCCCAAAGGGACUUGUUCACUUCCAGGUUAACGUGGAGUCCAGAUAUCCUGCUGUUGCCAUUUCUGCUUUCGGCAGCGCUAAUCCUGGAACUGUUUCCCUGCCCAAGGCACUUUUUGGCAGCGGUAUCGAAAAUUGGAUUUUGGCACAAUCCCUUAACACAACUACUGAUAUCAUAGAUAAAAUUAUUGCUGCCAACAGUGGUUGAUCGGCAGGCAGCUUAUGAAGUUUGCUUAAUGUUUAAUUCAUUGGAUGCGUUAUGCACAUGAAACAUAUUUCUGCGGUUUCAAAUGUCUUUGGUGGUGAAGUUGGUAUUGUUGUUAUUUUGUAAUUCUGCUUAAUAAUAUAAUAAUGAUGCUUUAA